GGUGUCAUUGCUGACGUCACGACGUCGCUUUCAGUCCACUGGCUGCUGUACUUCCUUGUUUACCGUCUUGUCCACGACCAACAGAGCUACUGAAAUAAUCAUUAUUGCUGUUAAUGGCGCGAUAAGCACAAGCGAUAGCAGCGAUAUAAUAGUUGUCGUGUAGUGUGCUCGCUGUCCGCGCGGCUCGAGAGGAUUAGGAGCGAUGAUGGCGUCCAGCUAUAACGCGAAGGAUGAGGAUCAUCAUCCGGGAUCGGUGGGCUCCGGCGGCCCCGGCGCUGUCAAGAGCAAGAAGCCCGAUAACACGGCCUUUAAACAGCAGCGUUUGCCCGCCUGGCAGCCCAUUCUGACGGCGGGAACCGUCCUGCCCGCCUUCUUCAUGAUCGGACUCAUCUUCAUCCCCAUCGGCAUCGGACUCCUCGUCACCUCUAACAACAUCAAAGAGUUUGAGAGUAAUGUUUUUAUGUACUAUGGCCUCUCCAACUUCUAUCAGAACCAUCGACGUUACGUCAAAUCAAGAGAUGACAGUCAGCUGAAUGGAGAUAAAAGCUCUUUACUGAACCCGAGUAAAGAGUGUGAACCCUAUCGAACGAGUGAUAAGAAGCCCAUUGCUCCCUGUGGUGCCAUUGCUAACAGUCUCUUCAAUGAUACUUUGGAGCUGUUUUAUAACCAUCCAAACGGAAGCAGAAUAACUAUUCAUCUGGUGAAGACGGGCAUUGCUUGGUGGACUGACAAGCAUGUGAAGUUCAGAAACCCUGCAGGAAACAACAACAACCUCUCCAUUGUGUUCCAAGAUACAAGUAAACCCGUAAACUGGCACAAACCCGUUUACGAGCUGGACCCGUCUGAUCCUGAGAACAACGGGUUCAUCAAUGAGGAUUUCAUCGUGUGGAUGAGAACCGCUGCUCUCCCCACCUUCAGAAAACUCUACCGCGUCAUUCAGAAGAAGAAGGACAACAUGACCCCGACACUACCGCCAGGAAACUACAGCCUGGAAGUGACCUACAAUUACCCAGUGCGCAGCUUUGAUGGCCGCAAGCGCAUGAUCCUCAGCACGAUUUCCUGGAUGGGAGGGAAGAACCCUUUCCUGGGCAUUGCCUACAUCACCGUGGGCUCCGUGUGUUUCUUCCUGGGAGUGGUGCUGCUGAUCAUCCACCAUAAAUACGGCAACCGCAACAACAAUGCUGACAUUCCUAAUUAACUGCGUAAUUAUCAGCACACUCUGUCUGUACACUGACAUGAGAUUACAGUCUGUCGUAUCUCAUGCUGCUGUACACACACAGGUGCAAUACUUUCAAACGUAUUAUGUAUGCACUGGCAGUUUUCUAUGAGCUUGUUUUAAGCAUUUAUUUCAUCCACACCAAAGCUUCAUAUUUUAUGCUCUUUCUACAUGAAGUAUUUUAGAAUAACUGGAUGAUGUGCAGUCAUACAGUAGAACUGUAUUUAAAUGCAUCCCACCACAAAAACAUGUCUAUAAUAAUAAUACAGACAAUGAAGCACUUUGUAUUGACGUUUAAGAUACAUAUUGUGCAAAAUAGAAAUUCUCAUUCGAUUUUGAGGUGUUUUUGACAGACUUGGUGAAAUUCAUCCAUUUGGGUAUUAUUGCUAAUGGUAUGGUACAAUCACAACAGUCAAGAAUUAUUAUUUAUUUUUAAUAAGAAUGCAAUAUUUCUGAUAGUUUGACUGAUCAGUAAGGAUUAUGUUACUUUAUUAUUUAAAAUGCUGAACUGUGAGUGUCUAGAUAUGCUUAAAGCAAGCGUGUUCAUUUUUUUUGUUUCUUCUCUGAAAAACAUGUUCUGUGCAAUGUGUAUUUAAAAAGGAUAUGUGUGUGUUUCGCAACUACUGAGGAUCCUUUAUCAAGCUCAUGUCUGUUGUUGAGCCAAAGUCGUUUCAUUUGCUCAAGAGUUGUGUGAUAAUAAACAUCAAAUGCAUGA